UUUGCGUGCGGAAGUGCGACUGUAAAAAGGCAGUAGCAGAAACCUGGUCUUUGCCAGUUUCUGAUCAAGUCCACCACGGUUCUAGUAUGCACACGAACCCGGAGCUCAUGCGUUCGUCAGGAAACCGAGGAGAACGACACAGAGGGACGUUUUAGAGACGGUGACUGCUCCUGAUCCAGGAUCACCCAGGGACAGCGGCAUGUCAGGGGAGGGAGCCGGGGGCAGAGCGGCUGCACGGAGUGGCCCCAGACUGUGGUCUGUGGUCGGACUGUCCGUGUUUGGCUCCGCGGUGUCUGUGGCCGCGGUGGGCUGUUUCUGCGCGCUCAUCUACCCCAUACUUAAAGAGCUGCGGGCGGUCAGGCUGAUAGGAGAGGACGGGUCUGAGGAGAAGAUCCUGGGCUUCUGGAGUAUCCUGGUGCUGUCACUAUUAGCAGGAUGUAUCUGCUGUGUCUCCUCGUGGACUCUCACCUACCUGGACUCGUACCAGCCUGGCACGGCGUUCCCCACACUGCUGGACCUGACCCACUUCAGUGACGCAUCAGGUUGCGCCUUCCACGUGGGUUAUGGUGUGGUUGUCCUCAAUGGCGUCAUGGCUAUGCUUACCGUCAUCUGGAGCCUCACCUGACACACACACACACAUACACACACACACACACACACACACACACACACACAGUAAAAACACACAUGUGCACACCAGACUAGAACAUGUUAAAGUGUCUGAGAAGUUUCACUAUUUAAUGAAAAUAAAAGUUUGUGAUAAUGCACUGUAGUCUUCUAUGACACCACACACACAGCUGAGUAGAUCCAGGAAGGAAAUCCACCUUCUGGAAUGGUUCAGUUAUAGCCCAGACCUGAAGGUGUCGCUAAGUUGUUGUCAGGGGCCGAGACUUUGUGGCCCCCUUGUUAGAGAAACGGUUUGUGGCUUUACUUGUUUCUUACACGAUCGCAUUUCCCGAACAGUGAAAGCACCACCAGUGUUUUUUCCCCCGAGUCCAACUUGUCUGUCUAGUUGAGCUGGAACAGUCUGAAUCAAAUUCAUCGUAGAGGUGUAGGUCUACUGUAGUCCAGAGGGUGCAGUGCCCCCACCCUGAGCCAGGCACUGAAACACUCUUUGCUCUGCGGUGUUAAAGGUGUGGUAGGUGGAUCCAUUGUGGACCAUUUAUUGUGUAGAUGGCUGUGGGCAGACCUGUUCCUGGUUUAUUAGAACAGGAUCAUAUCAAGACCAGAGUCAAUCAAGACAAGUGAUGUCAAGUCUCAGGUUAAUACAGACAAGUCCAGGUCGAGUUUAAAGGUAAGGGAAACGAGUCCAGGUCAAGUCUCAAGUUAAUAGAGACGAGUCCAGGUCAAGUCUCAGGUUAACAGAGACGAGUCCAGGUCAAGUCUCAAGUUAACAGAGACGAGUCCAGGUCAAGUCUCAAGUUAACAGAGACGAGUCCAGGUCAAGUCUCAGGUUAAGAGAGACGAGUCCAGGUCAAGUCUCAAGUCAGCUGAGAUGAGUCUACGUCAAGUCUAAAGGUAAGAGAGACGAGUCCAGGUCAAGACUUAAUUGAGCAAUGAACAGACUUGAACCAGUAAACCCGUUUCUGGUCCUCUGAGUACAGUCCAGUCUAGUUCUCAGGGGGGACACACAAUUCUUCCUGAAACUUGAACCUCUUCAUCUGACUGCUGCAAAACUGACUCAUUGUUCUGAAAUGCUGAACACAAACAUACAGUACAUACAACUCUGGUCCUGUUUGUGGACUUGUUACGCUGAAUAAGUUAGUUCUCUGUUGGAUCCAGUCCUGAUAUCACCAUAUCUGACCUCUGACCUUUUAAAGAACCAGAGACAAUCAUUUCAGAAUUAAUUUGAGGUCAUAAAAACUUAAAUUACCGAAUAAAUAUCUAUCUAAACCCGCUGUUAAUUGUGGUUUGGGUCUUCCAUUAUCUAAAUAUUACUAUUGGACAGGAGAGGGACAUACUGGUGGUUAAUUCUCCAGGUCAUUAAUCUCUGCUGCCCCCCCCUGGACUGAAACCAGAGCUCACUGUCGCCUCACUGUCCUGUUGAUUAAUCAGGGAGUCACAGUUUAACUGUCUGAAAUUCACUGAAGAAUUUCACUCAAACAUGAACAAAAGUCCAUAAUAUUUAAAUUAACUCACCAAUUUGUCACAAUCACGCUUUUAUUCUGUCUGUCUGCUACAUUAAGGUUGAUAAGGCUUCAGAUUUUUAUUUUGACAACUUUGCUUCUAUUGGUCAACUAUGUUUAAAGCAGACUCCUAUGGGUCCUUGAGGUUCCUGAAAGAUAUUCGUGACCUUUAUUUCUGAGGAUUCAGUAUCUGUAAAGAAGGACUAGGGGAGGUAAAUGAAGGUUGUGUUGCCUCCUGAUAAAACAUGGACGACCGUAGACAGCAGUGUAUGAUUUACUCACUGGGACUGUGUCCACUGAUUCUCCCAGUCUGGUAGAAAACUAAGACACAUUUUUUUCAGGUCGUCCAUCUCAUUCUCAUGGACAUGAUAUCUCAGUAACACCUUGACAGAAGU